CUCCUCUCCCCUCACUACCCUGCCCCUCCCUCCACUAUCCUCCGUCGGUCCCUCCCCCACGACCGUCUCCUGACGCAUCUCCGCUACUGCUCGGUGUCCGUGCCUGUCGACGGCCGUGGAUGCGCACGCCACGAUUUACCUUUUGAGGCUUGCCCGGAUCGGCCUUGUACGGCACCCAGAGGCGCGUAACUGCCUGCCUGCCUGAGCCUUCCGUCCAGGAUGGGUUCCAACCUGCCAGCGUAUACUGACGCAUUUCCUACAGUUAUCGCGGCGGAUGGGUUAUACAAGCGUGAUGUUUUCCGAUUCCCGGAUCCCUUCGCGGUGGCCACCGUCGGGGGUGAGCAAACCCACACGACCUCGGUCAUCAAGAAGACGCUGAACCCCUACUGGAACGAGAUGUUUGAUCUCCGAGUCAACGAAGACAGUAUCCUCGCCAUCCAGAUAUUUGACCAGAAGAAGUUUAAGAAGAAGGACCAAGGUUUUCUCGGUGUCAUCAACGUGAGGAUUGGAGAUGUGAUAGACAUACAGAUGGGUGGUGACGAAAUGCUCACACGAGAUUUGAAGAAAUCCAACGAUAACCUGGUGGUACACGGCAAGCUCAUCAUCAACCUGUCCACCAACCUCAGCGCCCCGAUCCCCAACCAGGCCAAUGGCCUGCACCGCUCACAUGCCCAGUCCUCGACCUCCAGUGGCCUCGUCCCACAGGUAUCGUCCGGUCCGCACCCUUCCGCCAGCCCCAGCCAGGCUGAGCCGUCGGCCGCUGCGUCGAGUGCUUCUCUGAACCCGCAACGAGUGCCUUCCACCACCCGGCCUACCAGCACCGUGGGCCCGCCGCCCCCGCCCGCCGGCCCGGCCGCGCCCCCUCCCAACGGCAACCAAAGCUCUCGCACCAAUCUCAGCUCGUUCGAGGACAGCCAGGGUCGCCUGCCAGCCGGCUGGGAGCGACGCGAGGAUAACCUGGGACGGACGUACUAUGUCGACCACAACACGCGGACCACGACCUGGACCAGACCGUCGUCGAACUACAACGAGCAUACGCAGCGCUCGCAGCGCGAGGCGAACAUGCAGCUGGAGCGCCGCGCCCACCAGAGCCGGAUGCUGCCGGAGGACCGCACGGGGGCCAGCUCGCCGAAUCUGCCGGAGAGCCAACCGCCGCAGGCCACGACCCCGCCCGCCGGUGGCAGCGCCGGUGCAGCGUCGAUGAUGGCCACGGGAGCCACCACUGCAGGCACUGGUGAGCUUCCGCCCGGCUGGGAGCAGCGCACGACGCCCGAGGGACGGCCCUACUUCGUCGACCACAACACGCGGACGACGACAUGGGUGGAUCCCCGACGGCAGCAGUACAUCCGCAUGUACGGGCAGAAUGCGAACGGCGGCAACACCACCAUCCAGCAGCAGCCCGUGUCGCAGCUGGGGCCUCUGCCCAGCGGGUGGGAGAUGCGGCUGACGAACACGGCUCGGGUGUACUUCGUGGACCACAACACCAAGACGACCACGUGGGACGACCCCCGUCUGCCGUCGUCGCUGGAUCAGGGCGUGCCGCAGUACAAGCGGGACUUCCGCCGCAAGCUGAUCUACUUCCGGUCCCAGCCCGCGCUGCGGAUCAUGUCCGGCCAGUGCCACGUCAAGGUGCGGCGCAACAACAUCUUUGAGGACUCGUAUGCCGAGAUCAUGCGGCAGAGCGCCUCGGACCUGAAGAAGCGCCUGAUGAUCAAGUUCGACGGCGAAGAUGGUCUGGACUACGGUGGUCUUUCCCGUGAAUUCUUCUUCCUCCUCUCGCACGAAAUGUUUAACCCCUUCUACUGUCUUUUCGAGUACUCCGCACAUGAUAAUUAUACCCUGCAAAUUAAUCCCCACUCCGGUGUGAACCCGGAGCACCUGAACUACUUCAAGUUCAUUGGCCGUGUGGUCGGCCUGGCCAUCUUCCACCGCCGGUUCCUCGAUUCGUUCUUCAUUGGCGCGUUUUACAAGAUGAUGCUGCGGAAGAAGGUCUCGCUGCAGGACAUGGAGGGUGUCGACGAGGACCUGCACCGCAACCUGGCGUGGACUCUGGACAACGAUAUCGAGGGCAUCAUCGAGCUGACCUUCUCGGUUGACGACGAGAAGUUCGGUGAGCGCACCACGAUCGAUCUGAAGCCGGGUGGUCGGGACAUCCCCGUCACCAACGAGAACAAGGGCGAAUACGUCGAGCUGGUCACGGAGUGGAAGAUCGUGAAGCGCGUGGAGGAGCAGUUCAACGCGUUCAUGUCGGGCUUCAACGAGCUGAUCCCGGCGGACCUGGUGAACGUGUUUGACGAGCGCGAGCUGGAGCUGCUGAUCGGCGGUAUCGCGGACAUUGACGUGGACGACUGGAAGAAGCACACGGAUUACCGCGGGUACCAGGAGCAGGACGAGGUGAUCCAGAACUUCUGGAAGAUCGUGCGCACCUGGGAUGCGGAGCAGAAGUCGCGACUGCUGCAGUUCACGACGGGAACGUCUCGUAUCCCGGUCAACGGAUUCAAGGACCUGCAGGGCUCGGACGGACCGAGACGGUUCACGAUUGAGAAGUCGGGCGACCCGGGCGCGCUGCCCAAGUCGCAUACCUGCUUCAACCGCCUGGAUCUUCCCCCGUACAAGUCGCAUGAUGUUUUGGAGCACAAGAUGUCGAUCGCGGUGGAGGAGACGUUAGGAUUCGGACAGGAGUAGAGCUGCAGCGUGGUCGGAGCGAGAUAUUGCAUCUGACCUGGGCUAGGGGAUUGGAACAGAGCGAGGGCAGCACCGGAAUCGUUUGACCGUUAGUUUCGAGGGGCGAAUUGUAUAUACCGACUGUAUUAUUGCUGGCGAUGCUGCCAUUGGCGGGGCAGAGAAUCAUCACCACGGUGUACGGAGUAGAUUGUUAAUGAGGAUGGAUCGUAGUGCUUCUUGAGGCCAUCGCCAACCCCG